UUUGGAAGUAUGCUAAUGAAGAUUCAUUUAAAAAAUCCCAAAAGAAUUUUAAUGUCAGGAUAAUUGAAAGUUAUAACUAUAAUAAGCUCGUCGAGCAAAGUGUGACUCUGAUUGAAGUAAAUAUCAAUUCUACUUAUAAGUCUAAAAUUGAAACUGAGUCUUGUUUUAAAGUUGCUUUUAAAUUGUUUUUCAAACAGUUGUUUGAGCAAAUAAAUGAAGCUAGUCCAAAAAUUCUUGAAGGUAUUAAUGAUGAUGAUCAUUAUAAGAAAGAUAAUGAAUUUGCAAAUAAUAACGGUAGAUUGCCUCAAAAUAAAGGACACUUACGCGAACAAUACUUGGAUGAACCAGUUAGAACCAAAGAAUAUCUUCAAAGUUUCUUAACCUUAUCUGAAAAUGAAAUGAGUGAUUUAACCAAUUCUCAUCAAAAUUUCAUGGCACAUAUAAAUCAUGAUUGGCCCUAUGAUUUAAUCAAUGGACUUAAUAAAUUCAAUUCAUUCAUGAAAGGAGAUGGAUAUGUCUACUUGAGUAGAAAGGGAGAUGAAUCUCAAUUAAUGUUGAAUAUAAAGACUUUAAGAGCAAAUGGGGCAAAAUUGCCUGUUGAAGUUAUUAUUCCUUUUGAAGAAGAUUAUGACAUUGAAUUCUGUGAUGUAAGUUUGCCAUCCUUAGGAGGCUCCUGCAAGGUAUUGAUUCAUUAUAUCGAUGAAAGUGUAUUAGACAAGAUUGAGGAUAACCAAUUAAAAUCACUAGCCUUGAUUAUUUCUUCAUUUGAAAAUGUCCUUUAUAUGGAUGCUAGUAACUUGGCCAUUAAGAAUCCUGAUGCCUUUUUCGUUAAUAAACCAUUUAUUAACAACCAUCUUAUUGUUUGGCCUGAUUUUAAUAGAAGAUCAGCUUCACCUUAUUUUUAUCAAAUUAGUGGUAUCAAAGUUCACGAAGAUGUCAAAGCUAGAAAUAGCUAUUUUUCAAACUAUCCUAAGGGUAAAGAACCUGGAAAACAUUAUUCUUAUCAUGAUACUAAAGGAACUAUUCCAGAAUCUUCAAGUUCUGGAGAUCUAUUACUUAUUAAUAAAAUGGUCCAUUUUAAGACUCUAAUUCUAGCAUUAUAUUAUAAUCAUUUUGGGCCUAAGUAUUAUUAUCCAUUAUUGAAUCAAGGUGGAGCUCCUGCAAAUGAUAAGGAAACUUUUAUAGCUGCUGCUCACAAAUUAGGAUUACCUUAUUAUCAAGUUAAAGAAUUUCCUCGUGAAUUUGGACCAUUGAAUGAAGCAAAACAUCAUGAUGUAUAUGCAGUAGGGCAAUAUGAUCCAAUUGUAGACUAUAUUCAAACUCACGAAGAAGAAGAUGAAUCAGAAAUAUCAAAGAAUGUUAAUGAAGAGUCUAAUAACAAAAGAAAAAAACAACUUAAGAAAAGCCUUACUAGUCUUGAUGACAAUAUGGAAAUUGAUGAAUUAUAUGAUUUUCAAAGCAGCGAUACUCCAAAGUAUGGAUUGAAUGAACAAGAUUCUGAUAAAAACAAUUAUAACUACCAUCUUUUUAAAGCUUCAAAUUUAUUCUUUGUUAAGAAUCAAAAGCCAAAACUUGAUGUGGUCGAAUUAUUUCUGGUUAAAGAAGUUGAUGAUUUAGAGAAACGUACAAACCAUGAAUUUAGAAAGAGAUUUUUUGGUAAAGAAUUAAUCAGAGAAUUGAAUGGAUAUGAUUUUGAAUUAUCGAUCAUGAGAAAUCUUCAUUGGAUAUAUUGUGAAGCUGUGAAGUUAAGCUUUUUAGAAUUUAAUGAUUGGAACAGUGCUGAACAUAAAGAGUUUUGUUUAGAAGUUAACUUUCAAAUUGAAUUCUUAACGAAGCAGGCAAAAUAGAUUAGCUGUAAUCCUGUUUCAUCAUCGAAAGAAUGGAAAAAUUGUAAUCCGCAAUUAUUAUCCGAAGCUUUUGUUUUUGUGUGCAUAAUGUUUUGCAGCUAUGUUAUUUCUUUUUAGCUCUCAAUUUUUUAUUUUUUCAACUAUUUAUUUUAUCCUUUUUCCUACACCAUUUAGUGAAAAUACUAGAAGUUGCCUGUAUUUCUCGCUUUCUU